UUGGCGUCGACACUGUGGUAGUAGGAGUCGGGCGCCGCUCACGGAUGGUUCUCACACCACACCACCGUACCAUCAUGAGAUCUCGCAGCCUCAGCCCCAGGCCGAGGGCACCAUACCUGUGGCACGAGAGGGAGGCUGAGUCUGCAGAUCGCAAGGGCUGGUACCGCGUUGACUAUGGCUCCAGCAAGCCAGAGGAGAUGUGGUAUCUGCCCUCCUUCAAGGACAGGAUGAACUUCCUUGAGAGGUCCGUGGAACGAGCCACCAGUGAGCCGCGCACGAGAGCCACCUCCGUCCCUCCAACAACCGUAGCCGUUCGUCGAAGCAGGGCCCUCUCUGUUGACCCCUUGGUCAAAUACCCCCUGAGAUGGAGGACCUCGCCCUUCUACUACUACAAUUACCGCUGGCCAUACACUACCUUCUACGAUAGGUACUGGCCAAGCCUGGGGCCGUACUCUGGACGUAUUUGGAGGCUGCCCUGGUACCGUUAUCCCAGCUCCCCCCUGACCGCGUCGACUUAUUGGAGAGACUCGUCACCAUACUCGUCCUACAUGGCCUCCACCACCAUCACGCCCGAGAGAACAGAGAUCAUGGAGGAGCGCCGCAGCAUCUCCCCCCCUCCGCCCUCCUACCGACCCUCGGCCACCACGCAGCUCAUCCUCAACCGGGUGGCGCUAGGUGGCGGUCUACACCCGCGGAGUUACCCACCAUCUCGCUACGUUCCUCGCUACUACCCCUCCUACCUCGACUACGACUAUGGCUACGGUGGCUACUACUACCCAUACCAUUACCCCAGGGCCAGCCGCUAUGACUACCUGGAAGACCUGGAAUCCUCUUACCUGUCGACUACCACCUCCUACCGCCCACGCGCACUCGACCUCGACACAGACUACCGCGAUAAGACCACCAGCGUCACCACCACACCGAAGAAGAUCAUCACCACAUACAAAACCUAUGCUCCGGGUGCAGCACUUUCAACGUCAACACCGGCAGUAAAAGAAGCAAAGGCACUUCUCCAAGAGGACGACGUCAGUAGGGAUGUUGAGUUGAACAAACAGCCCUACCCGAGGACAAAGAACAUAGAUAUGGAAGGAGAGUCGUGUGUGACUCGCCUGGAGCGGCGUUAUACAAGACUUUCUGAACCACAGAUGCUCCACGAUCACGUUGAGAACAUGCGCCACCGCCUCAAGUCCCUCGCCUACUCCCUGGAUCCUUCCGGCCCCGUACCCGAGAUAGUCAUUCCGGAGCGCUCCACCACCACCACCACCAUUACCAAGAAGGCUGCCGUCCCCGCCCUGCCAGCCCCCGAGGACAAGAAGUACUCUUCCUCUUCUUCCUCCGGGCCCAGGCGCCAGACCUUUGUUGAGUAUCCUGGCGGCCCUCCCGUGUGGAAGCGCCGCGCCCUGGCUCGUUUCCCUCACGAAGAUCCCGAAUACGUGGCAGCUCAAUGCAGGGUAAAGGCCAUGCCCAUGGACACUCAGAGAGACCCCGUGAAAGAAAAAGAGAAACUGAUCUUGAAGGACCGCCUCUCCAACCGCAUCCAUCAGUUCUUCAACACAACCCUUAACCCAGAACAGUUCGACAAAUACCUCAAGACGUACCGAGAGCCCGCACCGCAGGUCAAGACCAAAACGCAAUUGAGAAGACUGAUGCCAGAAUCCUCCCUCCGUGCCAACAAGUACUCGUCCACCAAGUGGGAGGAACCCGACACUGUCUUCGGCGGCCCCUCCGACAAGAAGCCCUACUCCAAGGUAGAAACUGGUUCUUCCUUCUUCUCUACCUAUGGUUUCACCAACCGAAAGAAGGAUUAUGUGGCUGAGAAGGUGCGUGAUUAUUACUACUUCGGGGACAGCCAAAAGGACGUAGGACACGUGCGAUUCGACAGGACCGCCAUCAAGGCAAUCAGUGACGGCACCACCGAGGAAGCCGGGGAGGAGAAGAAGGAACGCAGGAAGAAGAAGAAGUCCAAGGAGCGUGACGCUGAGGCAACUGCUGAGGCCACAACGGCGUCCGUUACUGCCGCUGCCGCCGCCGAUCACUCAACUUCAGAGGCGGACCCUGUCUCGGCUGUGUCUGAGGGUGACGCCGGGGCUGGUGAAGACGAAGAAAAAGAGCGCAAGAAGUUGGAGAAGAAAAAGAGGAAGCAGGAGCGCGAAGCCGCUGCCAAGGCCGCCAUGGAGGCCGAACUGGCUGCCCUUGCUGCUGCUGAAGCUGAGUUGGCCCGCUUGGAGGCCGAGAGUAGCAAGACGGAUGCUGGUUCCGCUGCCCCUGCCGAGGCUGCCCCAGCUGAGGCCGCCCCCGCUGAGGUGAAAAGAACAGACGAGAGCGAGGAACCAGCCACCACCCAAGCCGAGGAGGCCAGGCUGGGGGCGCAGGACGACACUGAGGCACCCGCCGACGCCACCGCCACCACUACCGAUGCCGCCGACGCCACCCCAGACGCAGAUGCCGCCGCCGAUGCCGCCGAUGCGGCCACCCCCGCCGAAGCCGGCACAGACGACACCGCAGAUGCCGCUGACGCCGCACCUUCCACCAGGUUCGACGAAGACCUCGCUGAGUAAAAGCUGUAUCCACCACCAUCACCACCACAGCCUUGUCGCACCAGCCUCCCCUCUGCUUUCACGUGGACUGAACUAUUUGUGUAGUGAACUGAAUGAUUUUCUUAGCUGGCACUGUCUCCUGCAUUAUCUGGCGGCGUUUGUAGCUCUGUUGUGUAUCUCCGGUUCUUUCUGGAUCAAGCUACGAGACAACACCAACACCACAUAUUACUAUUAUACAUGAACCCUCAUCCACACACCUGAGAUCUGAGGUGGUGUCAGAGUUUGGUGCCUUACAUACAUCGAUUCACUGACCCUUUCUAGAUGUAUUUUCUUACGUCAUAGCGAGCAAUCUACCUCAGCUUCCCCUGGUCAGAGCAAGAGAAGAAAACUGUCUUAAUCACAAACUUCCAUGAAAUCCUAUUUUUAAGAGGACGAACAAAGUCGGGCAGGGAUUAUCCCGUCCCACGGCCACACCACAGCGACGCCUACACACGGCACUCCCCUUCCCUAAAACAGUGGCCAAAAAAAAAAAAAAGGGAACAUUGGCUCAAAGCUGUAACAAAAAUAUAGUAACAAUUACAACCCCAUUAGCAGUUGUUUAUCUUAUAACUCACAAAUAUCACCGGGAAAUUCUUACACCAUCCUCGACAACACAUUACUUAACGCGAAGCUAAAUACUAUAAAUCACUAGGCACUCGAGACGACCUGUGUUUGGAUGUACGUAGCUUUCUAUCGUCGGUCUCUGAAGUGGUUGUGUGACGUCUUAGUCUCGGGCUCCUCGGCUUCCCACCCUCAGGCCGCCCCAGCACUGCCCGCCCAACAACCCGCGGGAGAAUGCCGGGGCGUCACUAGCGGGGCGCCGUGGAGGACUGAGCAUCUGUGUCUUGAUGUCGAUAUAGUUUCGUUUCUUCUCUCUAUUUCUCUUUCACUGUCCUGUGUAGUGAGUGAGGGAACGGCACCGAACGGCAUCAGGAAGUAACUAAUGUAAAGUCAAUGAAUGUGUAGAUACCAAGAAGUGCCGUUCGUGUGUCGUGUGUGUGUGGGGUGUGUGUCUCUGCCGCCUCCCGCGUCCCUCCCUUCACUAACGCCCCCAGCCGCCCACUCAAGGGGCUUCGGAAGGGGCGCCGCUCACUCCGCUAGUCUCACUCUGCUGUUGUAUCAUCCUUCCUCUCCUUCCGUGGGUUGGGAAUAAAACACGUACACACACACACACACACACACACACACACACACACACACACACACACACACACACACACACACACACACACACACACACACACAUAAACGUAAACAUAUGAAGACUCAACAUCAUACAAUGUCAAGCCUUAUCCAUACACACGCAAAUACACACACGUACACGCACAUACACUAACAUUAGACUGAGUAUGCAUUACGUCGAACAAGCUCAAGAAAACCAAAGUUGACCUUCUGGAUAAAAUCUUUAAAGUCUGGCACAUGUUUCAAAAAGAAGGAAACUUAAAGAUUGGUACAUCGGCCUGUUGGACAGUCUUACCCUCCUCAAGAGUUAUGUCUUGUUCACAAUAAAGAUAAAUACAUUAAGA